AUGUCGCUCGGGCUUCGAGAGGACCCCGUGGCCCUACGCUCAGAGGCUUCGCAGACCCGCUGUCGCCAAGACUUUGCUGCAGCGCUGACCUUGGUUGAUAUUGGGGAGGAGCCGCCCACCUCACCCAAGCCCCGGCGUGCGAGAAAGGCGCUGCCCAUACGUGCUUUGGAACCGUCGCCGGACGAGGCCAUCGCUGCUGUGGAGGCCGAGCGUGAGCAAUGGUCAGAUGACAGCGUGCUUGUAGCGUCGCCGUACGAGUACGAGGCAGACGCGCGGGAGACCCCCUUUCUUCGAGAAGGGCGAGGAUUCGUGGUCCAAGCGAUGAAGUACUCCAUGUUCCACAGCCACGAGGAGCUUUGGGAGGAGAUUGAGAAUCAUCGCCAUCGAGGCCAGGUCCAGCUCUUCAACGAGGUGCUGGAGGAGGGCAGACCUCGUUGCUUGUACUUUGACCUCGACGGUGACGCGGCAUACAACCGUUCUCAUGAAAUCAUUGUCAAAUUGUUGCAUCUCUUCGUGCGGGUCUUCUUUCGCGGAGAUGCGCUUGGAUGGAACAUCGAGGAACCGGAGCCAGUGGUGCUGACAUCAUGCCGCCCUGACAAGUACUCCUGCCAUGUGCUGUUCCCGCAGAUCCAGUUUGCCAACUUCGCGCACCAGAACCAGUACCUCCCGGCCCUGCUGCGCUUAGCACAGGAGGCGACGGUCGAGUUGGAGGGCCAGGGCUCACGGCACAUAUUGAAACAUGUCCUGGAUGGAGCGGUGUACAAGAAGCUGCAGCUCUUGCGCGGGCCAUGGGCUUGCAAGCUCAAAGGCGGGCAAAUCGACACGGCAACAAGACUGGAGCCGGAGGAGCCGUACUGGGGUGACAACCUCACGUGCUUCGCAAGUUAUGUGCAGCCCGAUUACGCUCUUGAGCUGCCCUGCAUGAAUGAAAUCGCGGAGCGGAACCCGCUUGUGGGCCGGAUUCUGCAGGACUCAGCAGAUUCCUCCUUUGUGCGAAGAGAGGACACCAGUAUUUUCAGCCCGGACUUUCAGAUGCAGCUAGGGCCGAAGUUCCUGGACUUGGCGGGCCUCACCCAACUCGAAAGGUAUGAGACCUGUAUGGAGCUGCUCCAGCCUGAGCGGGCAUGCGAUUGGUGGAGCUGGUUUCGCAUCUCCGGCGUGACAAGUACCAUGCUGGACAAAUACCACGACAACGACGUGGCACGCCAGCGCAUUUGGGACACCCACUGCAGGUGGUCCAGCCAGUAUCCGCACUACUGCGAGCAGGAGAACUUCGAAGUUGUCAUGAAGGCUCAGGACCGAAGGACUCCUGGCAUCAAGCUCCUGGUGGAGGUCUUGGAACAUGAUUAUCCGGGUCUUGAGGUGAGGCGAGAAGCCUGGCCUUUUCAAAUUUCCCGCCAGAGCUCUCGCAUGGCCGUCAAUCAGAUGAUGUGA